GUUGAGUGUAACAGCGAGUAUAUAAUUCAAGCAUUCGGAUGUUCCGACGCUAUCGGAUAAUUCUCUAUGCUAAAAAGUCAGUCAAGUAUCCUCUGUGGCGGUUGCUGUUUUCAGAUGAAACUCGUUUUAUAAUCAGUUAUUAAUUUGGACCAGUGGACGGUUAUUCGCGCGUGUGUUUUUGUGUGUGAAUAUGCUGGUGUAAUGUAAUAUUUUUACUUAACUUUUUGCUAAAAACCACCACAAUUAACUUACGACAAAAAGUAUAGCGAUUUGUUUAAAUUGGGGAACAAAAUGGACAGCUGAACAUUUUACUUAAACGGGCUCUUCAUUAUAGCUUUUCAAAAAUAAUGGUGUUUAUAUUGUUGUCCUUAUAAAAUAAGUACAUGUACUGCUUGGCACAGAAUAACACUGCUGAUCAAAUUUACCAAAAAACGGUUUUAUUUUAUUUAAAUACAGUCACUAAAGCAGUAUAGUUAAAACCUCAAUCAAAAUGUCGUUCAUAAAUAGAAAUCAUGAAAUGUGCGACAUAAAAAAUAGUCAUUCGGAUAAUAAAUCAGGCGUUGUGGAAACUACCAACGACCAAGGUAGUUUCGAAGCAAGCGUCGAAAUGGAGCCAUGUAUGGAGGAACGAGCAGGCGACUACACCAAGACGGAGAUCUAUCGCCAGCUGCGUCCGUUGCUUAUAUGUUUGCGCAUGUUUGGCCUCUACUUCCGACGCACAGUGAAUGCCAAUGGUCAUGCUCACAUAGAACCUAUUGUAAUGUUCUGUCUCUUCGUGUUCUUUUUGAACGCGAGCAACGUCGUCAGGUCGUUUGCAUUGUACAGAGUUGGCGACCCAUUUGACACCGUCAUGGUGCAGAGGGUGUUGUUCACUAUCUGGAGCACCGAGUGUGCCUUCAAGGUGACAUUGUUUAUGUGGAACUGUUACCAACAGAAAGGGUUCCCGCGUUUUUUCAGCGAUUGGGAUUCCAUUUGCGGCUCUGUGAAACUCAGUAAUGUCACAUUGUUCAUGAUGAAGAAGUACAUAACAUUGUCGUUUCUCUUUAUAAUAGGGAAUGUCGUGUUCACGCUUAUUUUGAUCUACGUACCGGCUUUGGAGAGUAUCUAUCUAGAGGUGGUCUGGAAUAACGCUCUCGAAAACAGCAACGUGAUCUAUUGCAAAAUCAUCAUCUGCUUUCUGGCGAUUUUGAACUCGUCCGCCUCCAUGUUUCCGGUGUCCAUGUUCGUGACACUUUGUUUCGCCGUCGGCAGACGCCUGAAGAAAUUCAACGACGAGCUGGUCACCGCUAUUGCCGCAGACCACUUCCACGAUCGCCUAGAAGAUUUCCGCAUACGUCAUCUAAAGCUGUGCUCCUUGGUAGAGAUUCUCGACCACAUUUUUGCCCCAUUUUUGGCGGCGGUGUACCUGGCGAACAUUCCCAUGUUCUGUCUGACGCUCUACACCAUGGUUACAACGCUGAAGAUUCACCUGUCGUUCGUGCUGAUCAACAUGUUCUGGUUGAGCUUCAUACUGCUCCAGAUGGCUAUCGUGUCCGUGACCGCCGCCUGGGUAAAUGUCAAGGCCCACUCGCCGCUCCAACAAAUAUAUUCAAUCCGAUUUUCCACGACUUCCAACGACAGUCAGCUCCAGAUGAUGCUGUUUCUGAACCAUUUGACCGGCACAAAAGUUGGGAUCUCGGCCAUGAAGCUUUUUGUCGUCGACAAGCCGACCAUUUUGACGAUCGCCGGCAUGAUGGUGACCUACUUUGUGCUGCUGAUCCAGUUUAAGAUGCCAGUCAGUUCCACGUACACGUGCAACGUGACCGGAAGGGUCUUCAUGGAUAACGCCACACUUAUCCUGUCACAGCUGGUGCCCCCCAAAUAACACUGUGUGGUUGCCACACGUGACGGCACGUGACACACUUUGAGAGAACUCGCAUCGUCGAAACCCAAGUACACUACCAAAAAACCGCUUCUUGUUCAAUUAUAUAGUAUAUAAUGUUGUGACAACGGAAUAUAUACGGCGGGUUUCGACAGUGGGGAACUUCUCGCGGCGGGAAAUACUAAAUACUAUUAAAAACGAUGCAUGUGUCAUUGGGUGCAUACAAAUCAAAAGUAUAUUUCCACUGUGCAAUAUUUCAAAAGUCAUGUUUUUCAAAUAUAUACGCACUCGUAUUUGAUAUGCAUACGUUCUCUUGGACGACUUUGGCAACAUGCCAACAUGUGAAAGACUAUUGUGACUUAUUGUGGGUUUUGUGCAGUUACGUUCAACCAAUUAAAUGCGCCUAUGUUACCCCGCACAACGGAA